AUGCCGCGAGGAAAGUGGAUUGACAAAAAGACUGCCCAGCACUUUACGCUGGUGCAUCGACCACAGAACGACCCGCUCAUCCACGACGAGAAUGCUCCGUCCAUGGUCUUGAAUCCGACGCAGCCGAAGCCGGGAUCCUCUAAAGUCAAGCACUUGGAUGAUUUAGCCUCCGAGUUCGGGUCAGAAGCUGCCCAGAUUCGAGAAAAUGAGGGCGAAGCUGCCGGUUACGGAGUCUACUUCGAUGACACGGAAUAUGAUUACAUGCAACAUCUGCGCGAUCUCAACACCGGCUCUGGAGAAGUUGUCUUCGUCGAAGCGACGGGCAGGAACAAGGGAAAACAAAAAGAAUCCCUAGAGGCCGCUUUGAAGAAGCUGGACUUGGAGCAAAAAUCAGGCGAUUUGUUCGAUGAUGAGGAAAUACUGCCAUCGAAGAACUUGACGCGGGUUACGUAUGAGGCCCAACAGGACGUCCCCGACUCGCUACGCGGGUUUCAACCGGACAUGGAUCCUAGGUUGCGCGAAGUUCUGGAGGCUUUAGAUGACGAGGCUUAUGUGGAUGACGAGGAUGAUGACAUUUUCAAGACCCUUACCAAGGAUGGGCAAGAAAUUGAUGAUUAUGAAUUUGACGAAGCUCAAUUCCACGGUGAAGAUGACCAAGGCUGGGAAUCCGACGAUACUGCCAAACCUACCAUUGAAUACAAAGAGGAGAUUCCGCAGCUGGUCAAGGCUCAUGACGAACCCGAGGUCGGCCCGUCGCAAGACUGGAUGAAAGACUUUAAAAAAUUCAAGAUGGAGCAAAAGUCUGGGAAAACUGCCGUCGCACCAACGCAUUCUGAGCUUCAAUCAACUUGGACUACAACUACGAACGGUGGUCGCAGAAAGAAGAGGAAGGGGGCUUUGACUGAUGCCUCAAGCUUUUCGAUGACCUCGUCAUCGUUGGUACGGACCGAGCAGCUGACCUUGCUCGAUUGCAGAUUCGACAAGAUUGAGGAGCAAUACAACGAGGACGUUGAAGCGGAUCUGGCAUCCGUCUCACAGGCAUCCACCGCCUCAACCGUGGAUGGGCCUGCGAGAAAAGAUUUUGAUGAUAUCCUUGACGAUUUCCUCGGAAGCUACACCAAACCUGGAAAGAGGACCUCUAAAAAAUCAAAGGCACAGACUGGUCUGCAACAACUAGAUGAAAUCCGCCGGGAGCUUGGACCGGCACGAAUUCGAGGUAGAAAUGUCAAGACGUAG